AUGCCACGUGCGCAUGUUUCGGGGCAGAGCCCGGCUCACGCAUCCUGCGAGGAUGAUCAUUUUACCCAUCGGAAGGGAGUUGAUACUACUGUGGAGGCGACAGAUGUCCAGGAACGGGACAUUAAGCAUGAGCAGGUUUUCAAAGGAUGGAGACUCCUUUGGUUGGCUUACCAGUCAGUCGGAGUUGUCUAUGGCGAUAUAGGAACCAGUCCACUUUAUGUUUACUCGUCGACUUUUGCCUCGCCCCCGUCACAUGACGAUCUGCUUGGGGCACUGUCUCUCAUCCUAUGGAGUCUCACUUUAAUUGUUACCGUGAAAUAUUUGCUCAUCGUUCUUCGAGCUGAUGAUACCGGUGAAGGCGGGACCUUUGCUUGCUAUUCCUUGUUGUCACGCUAUAGCCGGAUUCUGCGCCGGGAUCCGAAGACAGCAACAACGGUGAAAAUGGAAAGGUACCUCAGCUCCGACAUGCAGCGACCAAACUUGCUGGCAAGGCAUUUUGUCGAGAAAAGUCGAGUUAUGCAUGGGAUCCUGAAAGCCUUGGCCGUGCUUGGAGUCAGCUUGGUGAUGGCAGAUGGCGUCCUGACGCCUGCGCAAACCGUUCUGGGGGCUAUUCAAGGAAUCGAGGUGGUCAAGAGUGAUUUAUCCACUGGCGCUAUAAUUGGCGCUUCAUGUGCGAUUCUCGUUGCUCUGUUUGCGAUUCAACCUUUCGGAAUAGCGAAAUUGUCGUACUUUUUCGCACCUAUCGUGUCUAUCUGGCUCGCGUUUAACUUUUGCUUUGGCAUUUAUAAUCUUGUAAAGUUCGACUAUAGCGUGCUAAAAGCCUUUUCACCUUAUUUUGUCGGUCACUACUUUGUCAAGAACAAAACAGAAGGCUGGAAAUCGCUGAGCGGCAUACUUCUUGCAUUUACUGGCGUUGAAGCAUUAUUUGCAGAUCUCGGGGCCUUCAAUAGAAGGUCCAUCCAACUUUCUUGGCUCUGUUUCGUUUAUCCUUCUCUUCUUCUUGCAUAUCUCGGCCAGGCUGCCUACAUUUCCCGCUUUCCAACUGCCGUUUCGAAUCCCUUCUUUAAGUCUGUGCCUCCUGGAAUGUUUUACCCUUCUCUUAUUAUUUCUAUUCUUGCGGCGAUUGUUGCAUCACAAGCCCUAAUCACGAGCACAUUUCAGCUCCUCUCUCAACUCAUGAACCUGAGUUAUUUCCCCCAGAUCAAGCUUAUCCACACAAGCAAAAAGUUUCAUGGGCAGGUUUAUAUUCCCAUGGCCAAUUUUCUAUUGAUGGCUGGUACAUUGAUAGUCACUGGUGUUUAUCACAACACUACACGGCUAGGACAUGCGUACGGUGCAUGCGUUGUUUGCGUCACCUUCAUAACCACCUGCCUAGUCUCCCUCGUCGCCUUGAUUGUAUGGCGAAUCCAUCCCCUUAUUGUGCUUGCCGGAUUUCUGUUCUUUGGAACCCUGGACGGAUUAUUCCUCAGCUCGGCACUCACAAAAGUUCCCGAUGGUGCUUGGUUUACCAUUAUGCUCGGAAUCUUCCUAUCGCUUAUAUUUAUCCUGUGGCGUUAUGGCAAAGAACAGCAGUGGGCAUCCGAGGGCGAAGAGCUGCUCCAAACACGGGAUAUCAUCAUGUUAGAUGAAAAGGGAGAGACGAAAUUGACUGAGACUUUUGGAGGAGCUCCUCUCACAAAGAUAAAGGGACUUGGCAUCUUCUUCGACAAACGAGGAAGCGGUGUACCCGUGGCCUACGAGCAUUUCCUCCGCAAAUUCGAAGCAUCCCCCGAGGUGCAAGUCUUCUUGCACAUGCGUGCCUUGACAAUACCUCACGUCCCCCUCGACGAGCGGUACAGUAUAACACGCACCUCGAUCAAGAACUGCUUCCGCAUCAUCAUCCGCCACGGCUACGCCGACCACGUCAUUGACUCCAAGCUCGGCAUUCUCGUGUAUAACCAGAUCCGGAGCCACAUUAUUCAAGAGGCCGCUAUCAAAAUCCAACUUGAUCUUCCCCCCGCCCAAGACGAAGCCUGGUUAUCGAGUUCUGCGGAACUCAACCAAGCCCGCGCCGACGAAUUGAUUGCUACGGAAUUACGGGCUCUAGACCAUGCAUUUGAGACGCAAGUCGUAUAUAUCGUUGGCAAAGAACAUCUACGCGUCCUCGACGGGACGAAUUUGUUCAAGCGCGCCGUGCUUAAGUUCUUCCUGUGGCUGCGCGAAAACACGCGCACGAAAGUCGAGAGCAUGAAGGUCCCGAUUGACAAGUUGGUUGAAGUCGGGUUCAUCAAGGAACUUGGUCGGAAGCAUAUCUGA